CCGACGAUGUACGGAUACCAGAGCGUUUUGCAGAUCAUACUCUUUGCAUGGACUUAGCUGGUUCAAACCAACGAUUAUUCCCCAUUACCCCUGACCCGAGCCCGCCGACCGAGAAUGACGAGAUCACCACACCUUGCGCACUCUGUCACCGCCGCUGUCGUCUCAAGUCCCAUAGAGCUUGGGUGCUGGCACGAGCACGAGAGCCUCCGCGACCGGCGGCGGCUGACGCGACGAAGCAGAGCCUAGAUAAAACAAGAGCCAAGCACCUUGAGGAUCUCUACCAGCAGAAUCCAGGUCACGACCUGGCAUAUACUAAAUCCUACGCGUUCACUCGGGCUUUGCCAUCGUCGGUACCUCAUGGAGUCAAUUCAGGCCGACUGGAUGGUUUUCAUGAACUUCCUAUCCCCGGUGGCCAACGUCCAGAGUUACACCAGGCUGUCUACAAUCUGCUCAAUUCCAAAAUCGGCUCGGCUACAGCGUUUCCCUUACCGACUGGUCUGGCGGUCAAUGACAUAGGCGGUAGUAUGAUCAUACCCGUCAUGACAAACUCCACCUUGUGCCUCAGUGUCAUCGCAGCCUGGAAAGGUGUUCAGGUCCUGACCAACCACGCUCCCGACUAUCAAUAUCUGUACUACGAAGCACAAGCCCUGCAAUCUCUCCGGAAACGACUGCUCAGUCAAGGACGUGGUGCACUCACGGACGAGGCCAUCAUGGCGUCGACGUUGUUGUGGGCGACCGCGACAAUGUUCGCCCAGCCUGAAGCGUUGAGACGUCACGCGACCGGGGUUCGGUCAAUCGUGACCGCCCGAGGUGGUCUCCAUAAGCUCGGCUGUGGCAACGCGAUACAACAAUUGAUCCUCUGGGCGGAUUUCCUUACCGCCCAGUUUUUGGCCGAGGACGUCCUGUUCAAAGAGGUUGAUGCCGAACCACUGCGUAUUCCUCCUUCCCUACUCAGGGUGCACGAGUCCUUCAAGAUCCCCGAAGCAUUUGCUACUGUUUUGCGGCCAGAGACUCUCGACGCUGUCAAGGUUCUACGCCUGCUCCUAGUGUGUCACGACAAGGCCACCCGGACUGGACGUGUAUCUGUUGCUGAAUACAAAGCUCUGAUGCAACUACUGAACCAGAGUACGAUAAAAAGAAUCCACUUGGAAUUCAAACUAAAAGACUCUAAAAGUAUUGACGAGUGUGUCGUGCUGGCCAUGAACAUGAUGCGACUCACAGCCUUGUUCUACGCCGGACAUCUGUUCGGUAUAGUCACGAGGGUCAUUGUACGUCUACGAGAAGCAAUCGACCUCCAAGCCGGUCAGUUCAGAUGGUUCCAGUGUCUCGACCUAUGUAUCUGGGCCUCCUUCGUCGGCUUGGUGAAUGAUUUCAAGACCCCCGAACGAAGCCGGUUUGCCGACCUUCUGGCGAGAUUGCUGAUGAUCAAGUAUGAGGCCGGAUGGCCUGACUCCUGGCGAGCGGAAACUCUGGAGAUGCUACGGUCUUUUCUGUGGUCUGAAGCCAGAUUGACCGAUCUAUACGACGGUGCAUGCCAGAUGAUUACCGCCAGAGUCGAUCCGCGAGCGACAUCGGAAUCAGAAUGAGAUUGUAACAAGGUUUCAACUCCAGCAUUAAAGCAGCUGACUAGGACAUUUAGCCCCACGGACGUGCUCUGGGUUGCUCGUAUAAAGGGAAGAACAUCAACUACUUCAAGCAUGAUAUUUGGAGUGAACUCUGUAUGAUCUCGGACAAUGCUUUCCGGGUGGAAUGUUCCGGCUGAUAUGGUGAUCCCCCCUUACUUUCAGGAUUCCAGUGACUGGAGGACAUAUAUCUACUAAUUCCAUUGCUGAUUGUAAACAUGUAAUCG